AACUAAUAACAAUGAACAAUGAGGAUUCCGCACACGAUAUCGAAGAACGUUGUGGCCGCUUACAGGUGCUCGCCGGAGACGUCGCUGUUGCCCCAGGAGCAAGGAAGGACCUUGCGAACGGAGGACACCUCCUGGGACGACGACGUAAUCCCCGAUUUGAAGAUACUCGCGCUUCGCGUCAUAGUCUCGAUCUGGAAGGAUAAUCCCGUUCUGGGGGAUCUGCCGACGUGCGUCGACAGAGACGUGCUCCUGGAAACGCUGCCGACCGAUCUCCCUUUUGAGCUCACGAUAACGAGAAUCGGGGACGGAUUUUAUUGGGAACGCGCGGCCAAGGACAGGUGGGAACACAAUGAUCCGAACGAAUACGGCGGUUCAUGGCGACGAUUAUAUUGCGAGCGCCACUUGGCCGAAUAUCUGGAAACUUUGCACGCGAGCUACUUCGAGGCCCAAAGAGAGGAAUGCGAGAACCUAAUGACUCUCCUCAAGGACUACAUACACGUCGUAAGACUUCGCUCUCUCGUGCCAACCAAGAAACAGAUCAAGCGAGUCGACGACGAGGACGACGAAUCUGCUCUGGAAGAGGACAUCGCACAUCACAUUCAUAUGGCAAUUAUACUACCGCAAUUUUCACACCUCACCGAAAUUUACCUCAACUUUGGUAUGAUUUACAUGGACGACGGUUUUGAGUGGCGGGAUUUCGAAUUCUCCCUGGAGGAUUGCAUAACUGGGGAAGGAAUUAAAGCUACCCCAAAACUGAAGAAAUUCAGUUUAACACCGCAGCAACUUGGAUCGCCCCGAAUCGCUGCUAUUCUUCAAGGAAUAGUAUCGAACGAUAAUAUCGAAGAACUGGAUGUGUCGCAUUGCAAUUUGAUGGACACCGGUGCGCACGCAGUGGGCGAAUUUCUGUCGAUGCAUCGGAAAUUGAGAACUCUGCAUUUGACGAACAACAACAUAGGACCGAUCGGAGUGGCCGGCGUCGUUCAUGGAAUAUUGAAGGCGAGUUCGUGCGCUCUGAAAAAUUUCGACCUCAGACUGAACCCUCUGCUAGACGAGGGAGCCCAUCACGUAUGCGCUCUUCUGGUGAGAAACAAAACUUUGGAAACUUUGAACAUCAGCGGAUGUGGAUUAACAUCUGAAGCCGGUAUAGCGCUCGCAGGAGUCUUAGCUUCAGGUUGUGUGGAGCUCAAAAUCUUAUCUCUUGAUGUAUCGAACAACAAUUUUGGAUUGACUGCUGGAGAGUCAUUCGAGGCGGCCGUGGCCUCCUGCUCGUACAUUAUCCACUUGGAUGGUCGAAUGUGCAAUUUCUCGAAAGAAUCGGAGUACUCGAUCAAUGAGAGCGCGUACAGGAAUAAACAAAAUAUGAGAAAGGAAAGGAACAGAGUGGCGUUUUCCCGAAGUAGAGACGUCUAUAAUUCAUCUAGCGCCAAGGAUCUGCAACAACAUCCGGAAGUUGGGCCGUCAUUCCCAGAGUCGACGGGUAUUGUGAAUUAUUUUACUGCCAGACAAAUCGAUGUUGACGAGCUGGAAUUGAUGAAAUCAAUUCUCAGGACUUGGAGUACAAGCGAUCCCGCCUAUUAAGGGAAGCUCUUACGGUUAUGGAAAAUUUAAGAUGCCGUUUGGCAGAAACGCGAAGCGACGCAUCCACCGGAAUCUUCAAAUAAAACUAAAGCGACCAUAUAUACAGGCUCCGUAAAAACACGAACAGCUCUGAGUUCAAUCGAUAGACCUAUUCCUUGAAGAUCGAUAUAACGUUUAUAUUUAUUACGAAACGAGAGCUAUGGACACUUGCCAGGAAAGUUUUGCAAUAUUCAUCGCAUAUAAUAAUAAUAAUUU